AUGAUUCUGGGUUUUGAGGUAGGGAAUGAGGAGAAACAAAUAAAGGACAUGCCUUGGAGUGACUGUUUGGCUGGAGAAGAAAGCCAUGAAGUGGACAGUUGGGUAACAAGCGGAAUUGCCUUUUCUUUGAAUCCCACGUCGACAGAGGAGUGGAGAGAGGAAGCUUUAGUUGCCUAUAAGAAAAGAUUGUUAAGACCGGAGGAGUACCGAACAAGUUGGCUUGUUGAUGUUAAACUACUGCUCGCAAUCCAUCUUGAUGAUGAGUACAGCGAGGAUGAGGAAGAUGGUGCUGGCGAUGCCUGA